GAAAGAAUGAAUGAUGUUUAUGAUUAUUAUUUUAUUGUGUGUGUGCGGUUUCUGUAGAUAAUUAUUUAGUGUUUUUUUUUAUUAUCGAUAUAAAAACAUUUGAAAAACAAAAAGAAACUUUCGUGCUUAUUUUACUGCUGAUUACGAUUCAUAAAUGAUAACAAUUCUUUAGAAUUGAUGAAAGAAUGUGUGUGUGUGUGUCGUUACCAGGAUUCCUGAAUUCAAUGCAAUGACUGAUGUGUGUUUGAUGCAUUCAAUGAAAACAAAAAACAAAAAAACAACCAGCAUAGGAUUUUUUUCUCUCUUUCUCUCUCUCUCCUCGUUCGAUUGAUUGAUUGAUUAAUUCGACCAACAACAAAAACUGAAAAAAUGGAUGUUAUUCAAUCUACGUCAUCUAAAUCACCAAAACCAUCAUUAUCAUCACCAUCAUCGCCAUCAAUUCAUUUAAAUGAUAUUAAUCAAUCCAAUAUUAUUGACAAUAAUAAUGAAGUUGAAUAUAAAAAUCUACAACAAAUAUAUAAUUAUUCAACAAAUGUCAAUACAGCAUUACCAUUUACAAUUCCUGUUGCUGUGACAACUGUUUUAUCAUCAGUAUCAUCAUCAUCAUCAUCAUCAUCAUCAUCUUCAUCGGCAACAACAUCCUCACCAUCAUUAUUAAAUAAUCAAAAUCAGAUGAUAAAUAUGAAUAAGAAUCAACAACAACAACAAAAACAAAAUGGUCCAUCAUUAUUAAAUGACCAAAAUCGUUCAUCACCAUCGAUAUCAUGUAUAUCAUCAUCAAAAUUUAAUUUCGAUGAUGAUAUUUGUUAUUGUUCGGGUACCUGUUGUCAUGAUCAUACAACAAAUUGUGAUACAAAAAAUAUUUCAAAGAAAAUGUCACAUCCAAAUCAUCACCAUCAUCAUAAUCAUCAUAAUCAUCAUCAUAAUCAUUCACAUUCAACAUCAUCACAUAAACAACAAAUUAACAAUAACAAUGAUUUUGGUUGGUCAAAAUUAACACAUAUGAUUGCUAAUCAUUUAACAAUCGGUGCCCUAUUAAUUAUGUCCGGUAUAAUUAUAUUAUUAAUGAUAUUAUCAUCAAUGUGUUUUGCUAAACAUUCACAACAGGAUAAUGUUUGUCUAACACAUACUUGUAUACGUGAAGCGGCCAAAAUUAUUCGAUCAUUAGAUGAAACAGUUGAACCAUGUGAAGAUUUUUAUCAAUUUGUUUGUGGUCAAUGGCUUGAAUCAACUGUUAUACCGGAACAUAAACCAUUGGAAAAUAAAUUCGAUGAACUACAUGAUAUCCUUAAUCGACAAGUUCGAGCUAUAUUGGAAGAACCAAUAACAAAAGAUGAUCCAGAUUUUGUACAAAAUAUGAAACAAUUCUAUCACAGUUGUAUGAAUGUAACCGAAUUAGAACGUAAAGGUGCACGACCAUUGAUCAAAAUUAUUGAUAAAUUAGGUGGUUGGCCAGUAUUGGAUGUACGUUUUGAAAACAAUAACAACAACAACAACAACGAUUCUGAAACUAAUAAUAAUAAUUCUACAAAACAAAAAAAAUGGAAUGAAAAUAAUUGGUCAUUAUUGGAUAUACAUCGUAAAUUAAAUGAAUUAGGUGUUAUUGAUGAUAUGUUAAUACCAUUAAUAAUAACAUCAUAUGAUCGUAAUAAUUCACGUAAUGUUUUAGCUAUAAAAGAACCAAGUUUUGGUCUAAUGAAUAGAGAAUUUAUGAUUAAAAAUGAAAAUCAUACACAUAUACGAUCAUAUUUUGAUCUUAUGUUAUAUAGUGUUGAAUUAUUAUUGGAAGAUGAACAAUUUCAAUUGGAUGCUGACCAUGAAGAAGAAGAUGAAGAUGAUGAAAACGAUGAUGGCGAUGAUGAUGAAUCAAAAAAUUCAACAAUCCGAAUUAUGAAACCAAAUCUAAAUCAACAUUAUCAUCAACAACAACAACAAAAUUAUUUACGACGUAAACAAAUUGCAAGAGAAUUUGCAUUCGAAAUGUAUGAUCAUGAAAAAUUACCUGAAAAAGUUAUUGAUGAAAUGCGUCAAGUAUUACAUUUUGAACAAUUAUUAGCUAAUAGUUCAAUCAAAAAAGAAGAUCGAGGAAAUGUUAGCCAAUUAUUUAACAAUAUGACCAUUGAACAAUUGCAAAAAAUUUCACCAAAUAUUGAAUGGCUUGAAUUGAUCAAUACGUUUAUAAUGGAUAAAGAAAAACCAAUGACCUUGGAUAGAGAAAUUGUUGUUAUAGAUUUGAAUUAUGUAAAAUUUUUAAAUGAUAUAAUACCAAAAACAUCAAAACGUUUAUUAGCCAAUUAUAUUGUUUGGCGUGUUGUUAAAAGUAAAAUUGGAAUGUUAGAUUCAACAUGGCGUCGUUUGAAACAAACAUAUAAUUCAAUCAAUCUGGGUCAUCCAAAAAUUGAACCAAGAUGGAUGGAAUGUGUUGCACAUACACAUUCAACAUUCGGUACAGCAUUAUCAAAUGUUUAUGUAAAAAAUUAUUUUUCAAUCAAAGAAAAAACUAAAAUCAAUGAAAUUGUUUGGCAAAUUCGUUCCGAAUUAAAUGAAACAAUUGCUAAUGCAAAUUGGAUGGAUAAGGAAACACGAAAACAUGCAAUGGAUAAACUUAAUUUAAUGAAUUUCCGUGUAGGAUAUCCCGAUGAAUUAAUUGAUGAUGAAUUGGUUUCGGAUUUUUAUGAAAAUCUUACAAUGACGGAUGAUUAUUUUGGUAAUGUAAUUGCUGUUGAUAAAUUUGAAGUAGAAAGUGCAUUUCAAAGUUUAGAUGAAAUUAAUUCACGUGAUGAUUGGCGAAAAUAUUCUGAAGUUGUCGAUGUAAAUGCCUAUUAUUUUCAUCAGGAAAAUUCAUUUAUACUAAAUGCUGGUAUAUUACAGGAUAGAUUUUUUAAUCCUGAUCGACCAAACUAUUUAAAUUAUGGAUCAAUCGGUGAAAUUAUUGGUCAUGAAAUAACACAUGGUUUUGAUUCGAUUGGAAAACAAUUUGAUAAAACUGGACAAUUAAAAAAUUGGUGGCUAUCAUCAACCAAUGAACAUUAUAAUCAACGUGCACAAUGUAUGGUUAAACAAUAUAAUCAGUAUUAUUUUGAAGAAAUUGAAACCAAUGUUAAUGGUGAACAAACAAAAGAUGAAAAUAUAGCCGAUAAUAUUGGUGUAACACUUGCAUAUAGAGCUUAUAUACGUUCUUAUUUUACCGGUAAUGAUGGUGGUGGUGGUGGAUUUUUCGGUAAUAAUCGUUAUACAAAUAAUAUACGUCAAGAUCAUGAACAAUUAUUACCCGGUUUAUCAAAUUAUAAUCCAAGACAAUUAUUUUGGAUUAGUUAUGGUUUAGAAAAUUGUGAAAAAAUGACAAAUGAAAUGUUAAAAUUAACAUUAGAAGUUGAUACACAUUCACCGGGAAAAUAUCGUCUGAAUGGUGUUGUAUCAAAUUCUGAAUAUUUUGCUAGAGAUUUUUAUUGUCCACCUGAAACACCAAUGAAUCCAAGAAAUAAGUGCCAAGUUUGGUGAUUUAUUUUAAUCAUUAUUAUUAUCAUCAUCAAAUAUUGUCCAAAUAUAUUAGCAAUAAAUAAAUAAUAACAUAUUUAUAGAAAGGAUGUUUUUUUAAUA